AAAAACAAUCUUCCUCCCACCCUACGUUAUCGUCACUGAUAUGUCAAAUUAAAUCAGGAAAAAAAUAAAUAGUGACCUAAAAAAAUGUAUGACGCCUAUGAGGCGUUACCAAUUCUGGAAAAAUUACCUUUACAAAUAGAAUCCAUAGCUGCUUAUGAUGAGCAUCUGCUAGUAGGGACCCAUCAGGGGCACUUGUUGAUGUACAGUGUUCUGCAAGGGGCAAGCAACGUCCAUUUGCUGAGAUCCAACAAAUAUUUUGCAAAGAAACCAAUACAGCAAUUAGCUGUUGUUCCAGAACACCAAAUCCUGAUUAGUCUCUCUGAUUACCUUGUGACUGUUCAUGAUUUGACAGUCUUUAAUUUUCCAGUCAUAACAUCACUCACAAAAUCUAAGGGAGCUACCUAUUUCACUCUUGAUGUCAAAAGACAAACUUCUUUGACUGGAGAAAUAGCAGUGGCUGUAAGGCUAUGUGUUGUUGUAAAAAAGAAGCUUCAACUUUUUUAUUGGAAAAAUCGGGAGUUCCGUGAAUUAGGGCCUGAUCUUGCUGUUCCUGAUAUUCCCCGUACGAUUGGAUGGUGUCGAGAAACUCUUUGCUUAGGUUUCAAGGGAGAGUACUGCCUACUCAAGCUGGAAGGAGAGCAGAGAGAUUUGUUUCCUACCGGAAAACAAUCGGAACCUUUGGUUUGCGCCUUGCAAGGGGACAAAUUUGCUUUAGGACGAGAUGAACAAACUAUAAUGAUCGACAUCGAUGGUAAUCCGUGUACAAAAUAUACGCUGACGUGGUCAGAGAGACCGCAUCUACUAGUCGAGGAUUCCCCAUACAUCCUUGGUGUUUUAACUUCCUGCAUUGAGAUACGGGCAACAGAACCUCGGCUACUUGUCCAGCGAUUGGAAUUGCCAAGAGCUAGAUUUAUGACACCAGUGAUAUCGAGCAAUGGGCAGAUAUAUGUUGCUUCUCCUUCUCACGUUUGGUGCCUACAUUUGGUACCUGUGCAUUUACAGUUACCUCGCUUGCUGGAAGACAAACAUUUUCAGCUAGCCAUUCAACUUGCGAACUUAUCCAGCGAACCAGAAGACAUUCGCACGCAACAAGUUCAGCACAUUCAGUCGUUAUUCGCUUUCAAUUUGUUCCAGAAACAUCAUUUUGACGAAUCGUUGCAGCUAUUUUUCAAACUUGCUACUGAUCCCUCUUAUGUUAUUGGACUCUUUCCUGAUUUGUUACCAGUAGAAUUCAGGAAGAAAGUGGAAUAUCCAGAAGCAGUACCCAUUUUGCAAGGUAGAGAUCUUGAUCUCGCUGUGUUGGCCUUGAUAAAAUAUCUCACCGAGGUUCGAAAUGACCUUAUGAGUCAGAAUGUUAAAACAAACACCAACAUAAUGGAUGUUGGUUCCAGCUUAAAAUUGAGACGCCAAUUGUUGGAAAUCGUCGAUACUACAUUGUUAAAGUGCUACCUUUUGACCAAUGACGCUCUGGUAGCUUCUCUGUUAAGAUUACGGGAUAACCACUGCCAUUUAGCAGAGAGUGAGAGGGCUUUGAAAAGGCAUCACAAACAUGCCGAGCUAAUUAUCCUAUAUCAGACUCGUGGCCUGCAUCGGAAAGCGCUUGAAUUGUUGAAAAAACACGCAAAUAGUUCUGAAGAAAUCGGAUCUCCCCUCGCUCACCAUGACCGUACGGUCCAAUACCUCCAGCAUCUAGGCUCGGAACAAGUAGACCUAAUUUUUGACUUCGCCUCAUGGGUUAUACAAUCGCACCCAGACGACGGUCUAAAAAUUUUUAUUGAAGAUUUGCCUGAGGUUGAAGAGCUUCCACGUGCCAAAGUCUACGAUUUUCUGUAUAAAAAUCACCGUCUUCUAGCCUUACCCUACCUUGAACACGUUGUUUACGAAUGGCAAGAUUCGAACGCUCUCUUCCAUAACGCCUUAGCCGUCCUCUACAAGGAUAAAAUCCUCCGAUUAGGGAAGCAGUUAUUAGAAGACAACAGUGAUCCAACACUUCGAAGUGAACACCAAGAUACCAAAGCAAAGUUACGAUCAUUUCUUGAAAUUUCACGGCAUUGCUCACCCGAAGCUAUUUUAGUCCAAUUCCCUUAUGACUGUUUAUUCGAGGAGAGAGCUAUACUGUUGGGCAAAGUUGGUCGACAUGAACAAGCAUUAUCAAUCUAUACGAACAUCCUCAAUGAUUUACCUGCAGCCGUAGACUAUUGUAAUGUCUGCUACCGGUCUGAAUCUUCAUCAAAUAAAGAGGUCUAUUUUUAUUUGCUAAAGCUGCUACUUCGACCUAAUGAUGCUGUAAAAAUUCCCGGCCUAGCAUAUCCUAAUGAGGAACCGCAGCAGCGGCAACCUGAUGUCGAAAGAGCUUUGGAAACUUUAGACCGGUAUCCUUCCCGUAUAGAUCCAAUCAAGACGUUGCAGAUCUUACCAGCAAAUAUACCGCUACUGAAACUGAAACGCUUUCUUCAGAGAAGUUUAGAAUCUUUUGCAUCCCAACGUCGAGAGCUACAGCUCUUGCGUGGUCUGCUUUAUGCAGAACACCUUCAAGUUCAUGAACAACGAAUCGAGUACCAAAACCAGAAAGUCGUGAUAACGGAGUCGAACAUUUGCCACGUGUGUAAAAAGCGCUUUGGAAAUCAGAGCCCACGAGGAGGUGGUGGCAGCAGAGGUGCUGGAGGAAGAGGUGGUUCAAGAGGAGGAUUUGGUGGAGAUCGAGGGGGUGGCAGAGGCCGUGGAGGAUUUGGGGACCGUGGAGGCUUUGGUGGUCGUGGAAGAGGAGGUGGAGGUGGCAGAGGCCGUGGAGGAUUUGGUGACCGUGGUGGCCGUGGAAGAGGAGGUGGUGGUAGAGGUGGCAUGGGUGGUGGCAAGAAAGUAUUUGUUGAGCCCCAUCGUCAUCCUGGAGUGUUUAUUGCCAGAGGAAAGGAAGAUGCUCUAGUCACCAAAAAUAUGGCUAUUGGUGAUUCAGUUUAUGGAGAAAAAAGAAUAGCAGUGGAGGAAGAAGGAGUUGAGAAGAUUGAGUACCGUGUCUGGAAUCCUUUCCGUUCAAAGUUGGCUGCUGCCAUCCUUGGUGGUGUUGACCAAAUCCACAUGCCACCUGGAAGUAAAGUCUUGUAUUUGGGUGCUGCCUCUGGAACAACCGUAUCUCAUGUAUCUGAUGUUGUAGGACCGGAAGGACUUGUUUAUGCUGUUGAGUUUUCUCACCGUUCCGGUCGCGAUUUGAUCAAUGUUGCCAAGAAGCGCACCAACAUUAUUCCAAUUAUUGAAGAUGCUCGUCACCCUCAUAAAUACCGAAUGCUGAUCGGAAUGGUAGACACCAUUUUCGCUGAUGUCGCUCAGCCUGAUCAAGCGCGUAUUGUGGCCCUUAAUGCCCAAUAUUUCCUCAAAAACGGUGGUCACUUCGUCAUUUCUAUAAAGGCUAACUGUAUCGAUUCAACUGCCGCGCCUGAGGCAGUUUUUGCUGGCGAAGUCAAAAAGAUGCAAGCUGAGAAGAUGAAACCUAUUGAACAGUUGACCCUUGAGCCGUAUGAGCGUGAUCAUGCGGUGGUUGUUGGUGUAUACAGACCGCCAACAAAGAAAUGAAUUCGUUUACACAGUAAAUUUGACAGAAAAGAAUGACUGCAAUCUUAUGUUUGCAUUUUACUGUGAGCGCCAUCCGCAAUGAAUACAGUUGGAACCGUUUUACUUCUA